AUAGCAACAGAAAUGAAUUGCAACACCAUAGAAGUGAAAAAGAAAAUAAACUCUCUGCUUGCCUCAUUUCGAAGAGAGAGACAAAAGGAAAGUACAACCAAAACAUCAGGAAGUGGAGCUGGAGAACAGUACUACUCAACAUGGUUUGCCUUUAAGUCUCUGGAUUUUUUGAGAGACAAAUUUACACCAAAAUCUACAUUAAAUACCGAGGAGAACGAGAUGUUACAGUGA